CCCCCGCCCGGCGUUGCGGCCCCGCCCCGGCGUUGCGGCGCGGCGCGGCGGAAGCGCGCGGCCGGCAUGGACCCGCCGGCCAAGGAGGGGCUGCUCUUCGUGCAGCAGAGCCACAAGUUCGGCGCCAAGCGGUGGAAGAAGAACUGGUUCGCGCUGUACCCCGCGAGCCAGCACGGCGUCGCCCGCCUCGAGUUCUUCGAGUGCAAGGACCCGGCGGCGCCGCCCGAGCGCCUCGGCACCCGGCGGCUGGACAAGAAGAUCGUGCGCCUGGCCGACUGCCUCAGCGUGGCCCCCGCCGCCGAGAGCGGCCCCCGCGACGGCCCCGCCGCCUUCUGCCUGGAGACCAGCGCCAGGAGCUACCUCCUCGCCGCCGACAAGCAGCAGAGCGAGGAGUGGGUGGCCAAGCUCUGCGAGAUCGCCUUCCCGGGAAACGGCCCCAGCGAUGCCGGCACGGCAGCCCGGCGCGGCAGAGAGGGCGGCGGGGAGGGGCCGGCCCUGGAGAUGGCCGUGAACUCCAUCUACUACUCGCGGGAUGAAGCGAACGUCUUCUGGGUGACGGUGCAGCGGACGGAGGCUGCGGAGCGCUGCGAGCUGCGUGGCACCUACGUGCUCAAGGCUGAGCGCGACAGCCUGGUCCUCCAGGACCCGCAGACAAAGGAGACCCUCUACGUCUGGCCCUAUCGGCUGCUUCGGAGAUACGGCCGGGACAAGGUGAUGUUCUCCUUCGAGGCUGGCAGGCGCUGUGAUUCCGGCCCCGGGAACUUCACCUUUGAGACCAAGCAGGGCAACGAGAUCUUCCGCCUGGUGGAAGCCUCCAUCCGGGAGCAGAAAGCGCAGGUGGAGGAGAAUCGGCAAAGCUGUGACUCGCUGGAAUCGGACAGCCCCAGCGUGGCGCUGAUCCGCCAGGCCCUGGCCGACUCCCUGAGCCUCGAGCUGCCCGCGGAGGGCGACAGCACCGCGGUGCCCAAAGCGGGGCUGCCGCCCAGGCCCGGCGCUGCGGCCGAGGAGAGAGAUGCCGCGGCUCUGCUGAAGACCCGGACUCUGCCGGAGCCCCCCGUGCCGCAGGCCAAGCCCGUGGUCCCGAGCACGCCCCCGCGCUCCCCUCUGCCCAAAGUGCCCCGAGCUGCGCUGCCGGCGGAGGACCCCUCCAGCGUGUACUCGGAGCCUCUGGACUCGGUGAAGGGCCUCCGGUCCUGGCCGGACCCGCUCUACUCGGACCCCGUAGACAGCAGGCCCGGGGGCAAGGCCAAGGUGCCCGGCGGAGCCCUGGAAGAGACAAAGCUCCGGGUGCCGGUGCCGCUGUACACGUACGAGCAGGUCCGGGCUGACGGGGGGAGCCAGGCGCUGGCGCAGAGGGAGCCCAUCUACGACGAGCCCGAAGGCCGUGCCCCCCGCUCCCUGCCCCCCUCCGCUUCCAUCUACGAUGAAGCACGGCCCACGGACGAGGCCUGGCGCACCCAGGGCCACGACGGCAAGGGCGGCUACGAGUAUCCCUACAACCCCAGCACGGACGACUACUCGGUACCUGCCUUCAAGAGCAAGGGCCCCAAGCCGGUGCCUGCCCCCAAGCCCCAGGCAGCGCUUAUCCUUAAAGCCGCCGAGAGAAGCGUGGACCCCGGCAGGCGACGGGGGAGCCCCGCGCCAGAGAAGACGGUCGUCAAACCCAGCCUUAACAGCAGCAACAACAACAACGUGGAGGUGCUGUACAGCCAGGUGGUGAAGGGGCCGAAGGAGGAGCAGUCUGUGGAUGAGAACAGCUUGUCACCUGUCUACGAGGACCUAGGGGAGAUAUAAGGCGCUGCUGCUCCGCCUGCCAGGGAAGCGCUGCGGGGCCCCGACCGGCUGAGGAGCAGCCUGGGCUGCUCUCCAUCCUCCACGGCUGCUGCGGGUGGGUUGGGCGUGGGGACCGUCCUGGGUGAGACGGUGCCCCUCCGGCUUACCAGCACCGCGGGCCCUUGGCACAGCUGAGAGCAGGAGAGCUGUGACUGACGCGGGUGCCAGGGCGCUUCCCUGGCUCUGGAGCCGGCUCCGUGGCCAGCUCCUGACCCAGCGGGAGGAGAGCUGCGUCUUUCCGUGCCCGCUGCUGCGGAUCCACGGCCUGUGGCUCUGCUCUGGCUCCCUGUGCUGCCAGGCCGCCAGACCGGGGUGCCUGCCGCAGCGCGUGGCCUGCUCUUUGUGGAGGACUGCUCGCCGUCACCAUCUCCAAAAAUAUUUUUAUAUAAAGUUAUUUUGAUAUUAAAAUCUGUGCGUCUUGGAAUGAGA